UAGAUCCGUCUUGCUGAAACAUUUAUUCGCCGAUUAUGAUCCCAGCGUGCCGCCAAAUAUAGACACAGAGAAUCCAACUGUGGUUGAUGUUGACGUUUUCCUCAACAGCUUUGAUUCUGUUAAUGAACUGAGUAUGGAUUACACCAUCAACAUUUUUCUUCGUCGUAAGUGGACGGACGCCAGAUUCCGCUUUAACUCCACUCACUACAAUCUCACAGAGAUAAGUAUUGAUCCACACAGAUACGGGGACAUCUGGAGUCCAGACCUAUUUUUUACGAACGAAAAGCAGGCCAGAUUUCACGCUAUCACCACGCCCAAUCAUAUGAUUCGAAUUAAUGGCGAUGGACAGGUUUUUUUCAGUUCCAGGAUAACGCUGACAGCUCAGUGUCCUAUGCACUUGGACAAGUUUCCAAUGGACACACAGACGUGUCAACUCGUGUUAGAAAGUUUUGCGUAUACCACAGACAUAAUCCAGUUUCACUGGUCGCAAGAGGAAAAAGAAGAACAGAAACAGAUUAACCUGUCCCAGUUCAAUCUGAUAAAUACCUCACACCACGAGAGAGUGAAAUCUUACAAGUCUGGGGAUGUUCAACGUAACUUCACGCGGCUAAUAAUGGAAUUCGUCCUGGAGCGAGACUAUAAAUACUUCAUCAUCCAAACGUACAUCCCAAGCAUACUGAUCGUGUCUCUGUCCUGGGUAGGAUUCUGGAUCAGCUACGACUCUGUUCCAGCAAGGAUCACCCUUGGUUUGCUGACCGUCCUCACGCUGACGACACAAUCGUACAGCAUACUCCAGACGUUACCUCGCGUGUCCUACGUCAAGGCCAUUGACGUGUGGAUGUCCACGUGUCUGAUUUUUGUGUUCUUGGCUCUGCUGGAGUUUGUGCUGGUCAACACAAGUCAUAGGAAGAUAACGAGGCGGUCCAUCAAAGGAAAUGCUCAACUACCACGUAAGGCGAAUAGUGCCAAAGAAGAUGACGAAAACCAUCGAAUUUGGCGAUAUAACGAAAUAAGAGCAAGCACGGUGGAUAAAUGUGCCAGAGCGUUCUUCCCGUUGGCUUUCCUGAUCUUCAUUAUCAUAUACGUGUCAGUGUACACAGCGAUGUCUGAUGUUAAAUAUCCACACGACUGAACCAAGUAACGAUUUUUUUCUAUAGAAAUACAUGCGGAUCCUCGCCAAGCAUAUUGUACGUGCUUUUUUUCGCAUGUACACAAACAACUCAGCUCGCGCUCAAAGGACAGCACAUUCUUAUCAAGUCUGCCGUCAAGUGAGUUCUGUGACAUUCAGAGGGUGUACUUUUUUGUGUGGGGAGUCAUUGCUUAAACAGCAAAGAAGAUUGACUACAAGGCUGCACAUGAAGAAGUUGUGAUCCUGGAUUUUACACCAUAUCUAAUAUUGAUCGACCAGAAUGACUUUGAGA